AUGGGGGACUGCACCAACCUCUUUUAUUAUCUCCUACAAAGUGCGCCAGACAUUGAAUCUCGUGAUAUGUACGGGCGAACACCCCUCUCAUAUGCUGCUGAAUACGGUUCAUUGGACGUUGUGAAGAUUCUGCUGGAACGAGGAGCAAAUGUCAAUGCAAUGGAUUAUGAGGGCAGCACACCAUUGACAUGGCUGAUACAUGCCGGCAACCCUAAAAGCAAUACCUUUGCGGCUACGGAAGCUUACCUUAAAAAGAGUGGGGCCAAAGAAGAUACGAUGAAGGGAAUGAAACGGGCAUGGGUUUGGGUUUUGACUUAUUCUCGCUUGCUCCGACACGUUCGUCCGCGUAUCUAA